AUACGCUCUCGAUUUUCAAUUAGUUUUUUCUUUCUAAAACGUAAACAUCCGAAAUUCAGAAUUUAAAUGAAAUUUCGGCUAACAUUUUUUUAAUCUUCAGGAAUGGCUAUUGCUCUUCCUGUGCUAACUCCUGAAAGAGCUAAAGCUGCCCUCAAAGACAUUAUUGCAGCUCUUUCCUUGCCAGAUAACUUAGCAAGAUUAACUGAAGCAAAGAUUAAUGCUGGAAACGACAUGUUAUUAUACAUGCAGUUAGUCUUUCCAUUAGCGACACAAAUUCAGCAGGAAGUGAUACAAGAUUAUGGUUUUCCUGCUAACCGUGAAGGCUUGUUGCAGUUUACUCGUACAAUAAAUUUGCUGAUCAAGGAGCACAAUGAUAUUUCUCAAAUGAAUGAUGAUUUAAAAUCACUUUUAAUUCCACCAAUGGUUAUGCCAUAUUCCCACUCAUCUAUUAACUAAUACAUUUUAGUCAUUUACUUUUAUAAAUUUAAAUUGUUGUUUAAUAUUUGACAUAGUUUUUGAGAAAUUUAAUGUACAUUAUGUUUUUAUAUGUUUUUAUUGUUCACUUUUAUAUAGCACUUGUUUAAUUCCAGAAAAUCAUGUGUAAUAAAACAUCA